AUGAAACGAUUGGUUGAAGGAUUAUUGAGUAGUUUAAUGCUCAUCUCUUUAUGCACCAUCAUGAUUGAAGUUCAAAUGAUCCAUAGCUGGGAUUUGUUGUUUAACAAGAGAGGAGGAGGAGCAGAAGUCGCCGAUCGAUCGGUCCUGACAAGUGCUGUUGGUUCUUCUCUUCAUGCAACCUCACAGUCUCCUGUGAUUCAUGAAUCUCACAACGGACUCUCUUCAGUCCAUCAUCAUCAUCACCUGCACUGCAAGGAAACAAUGAAGAAACGAAUGAUGGCCAUUGCUCGAAAGGAUCGAUCACAAGUAGAAUUUGUAAAAUCCAAAUUUAUAUCUGGUCAAUGGCUAUGGGGAGAUUUCACUUACAUUGAUUUUCCAAAGUCCACGAAUAAGAGAUCAGGUGUUGUCUACACUCUCCAUGCCUAUGAUGGCAAUGAGUUACACAUUACUGGAUAUUUUGAUGACUACUCGUCUCGCUUGACCGAUUGCAUGACAUUAUCGAAUAACGAGCGUUCCAAUUAUCAUUUGUGUGAUUUAGAGAUCAAGAAGACCAAUCAGGAGAAUACUCCUGAUCAAAAAUCGAAACAACUAGUUUGUAUUCGAUUUGAACAAGAUCAAGGUGUCAAGUUAGCCAUUCAUUUAAAUCCCUUAGAUUGCUUUUCGAGCACUAUUGAUUUUGCUCCAACUCUUGUUGGUGACAAGUCAUCGGCAACACCAUCAGAUUCAGGUUCAACCUCGAACACCAUUGCUGCAGUGUACAUUGCACCAGGACAAACGUCGUCUCGCAUCAGAGAUUUCAUUGUUGUACUUGGUGCUUCUUGUGCAUUUGUGUGUGGUUUUGUGAUUUUAUGUAGCGUGGCAUGUGGUGUCGAAUUGUAUUAUAGAAGCUAUCGAAAGAGAAGACACGAAAAAUUGGCAGCAACUGAACACAAGAUGGAAGGAGUGAUGCUUUUGGAUUUAUUGAACCAAUCAACGCUGUCUCAAUACUAUGGAUCUGAUCAAAACUGUUGA